CCUGCACUUGGUAUGUAAAACAUGCCUUUCACCUACGUAACAUUUUUCAUUAUGUCAAAUUUAUCUGUGUUUGUUUGUGGUUGUGUCUGUGUGCACCUUUGUUUGUGGGAGUUUCAGAUCCAUACAAACCUGGAGAACUCGUGGAAUGAGGAGGAAGUGUGGAGGGUGGAGAUGUAUGUCUCAUUUGGUAUUAUGAGCCUUGGUCUACUGUCUCUACUGGCCAUCACCUCCAUUCCCUCAGUCAACAGUGCCCUCAACUGGCGGGAGUUCAGCUUCAUACAGUCCACCCUUGGCUACAUUGCACUGCUCAUUGCCACAUUCCAUGUCCUGCUUUUUGGCUGGAAGCAGGCCUUUGAGGAAGACGCCUACAGGUUCUAUCUGCCGCCCAGCUUUGCAGUGUCUGUAGCCCUACCCGUGUGUGUCAUCCUGGGAAAAGUGUUCCUGCUGCUCCCCUGUGUUGCCUGUAAGCUCCACAGGAUCCGUAGGGGCUAUGAAACCAAACACACCGAAAAUAACUUCAACACAGUGGUGUCAGCCACUCACAUCUCACCUGAGAGGGUGACCAUCAUGUGACCAAUGUUGUCAUUUAUUUAGAUUCCUCCAUUAGCUGCUAUGUCAUAUACUUUAUAUUGAUCAUGAUUAUGGACUGCCAUUAGUUGCAUAGGCCAUUACAGACUAUUUGCAUUCUUAUUUGGUUUGUUAUCAACUGCAAUAACAACCAUCUCUCUUCUUGCUGGAGACAUGUGCUUUUGGCCUACAGUUUGUGCACU